AUGGAUUUUGCCCCUCUCGCUAACCAGAAUAGAACGCACCCCCCGAAUUGGGAUCCCCCUCCUGGCUGGGGAAACGAUGCAGAAACGCUUGAUCCCGAAUUCUACUGGAGCGAGAGUGGCGAUGGCACUAGAGUGACACGAGCCCUGGGCCUCGACUCGCCGAGUGCGGUGAUGUGCCAGACGAGUGACUUCCUCUACCUGUUCGAAUCGAAGGGGGUUUACUACGUGUGGAACCGAGUGGAAGGGGAUGUUUGGAAGAUCACUUCCCCGCAGGCAAUAGAUGCCAUUGUUGCCAGUAUCAAGAGCAACGGAGUGAAAUCUCUCCAGAUGCAACUUGUGACUUAG